ACCUCGACGAUGAGGUCAUCGGAGUAAACAGAAAAGAUGGCGACGCCUUGCAACGGUGAACGGCUAUCGGGAACCAAUUCAGUCAUAUCAGAAGGCUACGUUAAAAAACUAACGGAUUUACCGACUGAGCUGUUAGAGUACAUUUUGUGUUUCCCCGUGCUGAACCACAUCGACAUUUCCAACGUGUCCUGCUGCUGCAAACGGCUUCAUGAAGUGUGUCACAGCAGCGGGAAGGUCUGGGGACACCAGUACAAACUCAGGUGGCCUCGGCUGCAGAAACUCUAUCGGCAGAACGAAUCCUACGACUGGCAGCAGGAGUUCAGGACCAGGCUCAGGGUCUGUCUACAGAUCCAACGAACCGUCGUGUCCAUUUCCAAGAGAUUCUUCGCUGAAGUUCCUUGCGUUGGUCAGGUUUUGGGUGACAGCUUUACAGAAAUCGAAUCUCUUGGUGCACCUGAACAUUUCUGUGAAGACGAGCUCCUCUCCAUUCUCAACUCAGACAGAAGGAAGAGCCUGACGUUGAAGUACUAUGCAAAGAAAAUUCUCUACUUCCUUCGUCAGCAGAACAUCCUGAGGAGCCUGAAGGGAUUCCUAGAGCGACCUCCAGAGCAGCAGUUGGCUUUGGAAGGUGCAGUGCUGGUGGAUCAGUACUGUAACCCCCUGGCUGAUGUCACCCUGGAGGGUAUUUCUGCUCAGCUGGAUGACAUCACAGAGAAGGUGAAGAAAUAUCUCCGGGUGAAAAACGCUUCUCAUCCCAGCUUGAGAUCAGCUCAAGGUGACUGUGUGCUGGUGCAGGACUUUGAGCUCCAGCGGCAGGUUCUCUGUGCCCUCAAUGCGGUUCUGUAUGAACAGCUGCAGUUUAAAGGCAACGAGCGUGACUACUACAACCCCAAGAAUUCAUACCUGCACCAGGUGCUCCUGCGGAGGACAGGCAUUCCCAUCAGCCUCUCUGUGCUCUACAUGACACUAGCCAGGAAGCUGGGGGUCCUGCUGGAGCCGGUCAACUUCCCCAAUCACUUCCUGCUCCGCUGGUGCCAGCGCCGGACCAGCAGUGACAACAUCUACGACUACGUUUACAUCGACGCGUUCGGGAAAGGCAAGCAGCUGACGGCUAAAGAGUGUGAGUACCUGAUCCGACAGCAGGUGACCGCAGAUUACUACAACUCCAUCAGCACCACUGAGCUGCUGCUGCGCAUGGUGGGGAACCUGCUCAACAUCGGCAAGAGGGGAGAAGGCAGUGAGAAGUCGUACCAGCUGCUGAGGGACUCUCUGGAUCUCUACCUCACCAUCGACCCUGAUAACGUGCAGUAUCUGCUGCUGCAGGCGCGACUCUACUUCCACCUGGGCAUCUGGCCCGAGAAGGUGCUGGACAUCCUGCAGCACAUCCAGGCGUUGGAUCCGUCUCAGCACGGCGCCGUGGGUUACCUGGUGCAGCACACGCUGGAACACAUCCAGCACAAGAGACACGCCGUGGAGCACGAGGUGAAGAGACGCAGCGCUCCAGAACACAGCCAAGUGCAGUAUUCGGUCGGCCUCAUCAUGAAGCACAAGAGGUCGGGUUAUAACUGCGUCGUUUACGGCUGGGAUCCCAAAUGCUCGAUGAGUCCGGAGUGGAUCGCCACCAUGCGAGUGCAUCAGCUGACCCACGGAGCCAAUCAGCCCUUCUACAACGUCCUGGUGCAGGACGGCACGUGCAGAUACGCUGCUCAGGAGAAUCUGGAGCCUCACUCUGCACCGUUGGAAAUCAGUCACCCGGAGGUUGGACGCUACUUCAGCGACUUCUCUGACACGCACUACGUGGCCAACGAGGAGCUCCAGAGCCAUUACCCAGAGGACGUUGCGGAGACACAGAGAGCCGUGCAGGAGCUCUACCACUCACACAGCCUCGACUCAGGACACGCUGCAGGGUCAAACACUGACCACAGCGCCAUGACACCUUUAACACCUUAAACUGCUUCUUAACCACUUACAAACCUUAAACACUUUCAUCACUAACACUCACAGAUCCUCUCUCAUCACUAACCCUCACAGAUCCACAAAGAUCCUCUCUCAUCAGUAACCCUCACAGAUCCUCAAAGAUCCUCUCUCAUCAGUAACCCUCACAGAUCCUCAAAGAUCCUCUCUCAUCAGUAACCCUCACAGAUCCACAAAGAUCCUCUCUCAUCAGUAACCCUCACAGAUCCACAAAGAUCCUCUCUCAUCAGUAACCCUCACAGAUCCUCAAAGAUCCUCUCUCUUCACCAACCCUCAAAGAUCCUCUCUCUUCACCAACCCUCAAAGAUCCUCUCUCCUAACAGAUUCUCACAGAUCCUCUCUCAUCACUAACCCUCACAGAUCCUCUCUCCUAACAGAUUCUCACAGAUCCUCUCUCAUCACUAACCCUCACAGAUCCUCUCUCCUAACAGAUUCUCACAGAUCCUCUCUCAUCACUAAGCCUCACAGAUCCCCACAGUUCCACUCUCCUCACAAAUCAUCACAGAUUCCCAUAGAUCCUCUCUCCUCACAGAUCCUCAGAGAUCCUCUCUCUUCACAGAUCCUCUCUCCAGACAGAAAUAUCCUCAAAAAUCAUCAAAGAUCCUCACAGAUUCUCUCUCAUUACCAACCGUGACAGAUCCUCACACAGAUCCUCACAGAUCACAGAUCCCCACAGAUCCUCUCUCGAGCUCAAAGUUUAGAUUCAUGCCCCAUUGCAAGUUUUCUGUGAAAAAACAUGUGUAGAGUGAGAGUCAUGUUAAACAGCUCACAUGUCGAGGAAACAAUCCUAAUUUAUCCUGAGAUUUUUUCAUGAUAUCAGUCAUUAAUUCACAUACUUGCUCCCAGGAUUUAGCACUUCUGCUCGAGAUUUUUCUUUAAUCUGAUCCUGGAUCAGUUCUGUAGGAUUAUUCAGUCCAUUGGUCACCCAUUUUCACUGCCCCAAUCCUCAUGCACUUAGGAAAGAAUAAAAAAAAUACCCCUUAUUUUUUUUUCUAAUAUAUUUACAGUUAAAUAAAUAGUAAACAAGAGCUUGUGAAAGCUGCCAUGUAAAAGAUGAUGAUGAUGAUGAUGAUGAUGAUGAAUGCUUCAAAAAUGGCUGUAGAGAAAUGAUGUCAAUAAAAAAAAUGAGAGA